AUGAGCUUCGUGCUGAUGGAAGAGAUUAACGAUUUUGUGUCAAACGAGCCAAGUGCUCUGGCCAAAAUCGACGACACUUGCAAUAGUACUUCUAACAUGUCGGGCGUUCAAGAUGAAAUUCAUUUUCCAAGCCAUUUCAAGAAUUGUUACCGGGUUCAAAACCGUGAGCAAUACAUUCGAUCCCGUCAGCGACAGAACGAGGAGCAGCAGUCUUCACAGAUGCAGAUGCAGUUCAAUCAAACAUUAUUUUCAUGUAUGGAAAAUAGUGACGGCAAUAUCGCACGCAAUGGAUUAAAGGCUGGUGCAAAAGGUUCGUCGUGUGUCACUCUCGUGCCACAGCCACAACUAAAGGUGAAGCCACUCAAUGCACCACCAGCAAAGAUACUUACAAUGGCGAAUAGGCGACCUACUGCGUCUAAGCAGUCCGCUGUCGAGUCAGUGUCUUUCGCCAGUUCGAGGACGCUGAGAUGCACGACGAGCACAUGUUCAAGUGAUCGGUCUAGCGAUCCUACAACGCUGCUUGACGACCCAGACCUCUUGAAGAGAGAUCUUAUGGCUUUGAUGGAUGAAAUGUACAACGAAGCCAAAGCGAUGUGUGGUCAUGAUGCAAGUGCUAUAGCUUCGACACCGACAAUCACUUGUCAAUGUGAUAAGCGCAUGGACUCGAAAGAAGGAAAUACAACGCACAUUAGAUCGGAGACUCCGUUGGAAUGCUGCUUGGAUACGGCAAGAGAAUUUCUGGCGGCCAUGUUCUCUUUGCCCCAGCCUUGUCUAAGCGAGGAAAUGACUCGGACGGAAAGUACAGUGAAACCAGUGAAAGCGAACAUUGAUGCUGAUUAUCGGAUGUCGGGGGCAAAGGAAUGCUUGGAUGGGAUCGGGCUACUGCGCCGACACACUGAGGAAGAUUGUGAGCUGAUCAUAUGGGCUGCGGUUUCGUUUCACGAUAGUGGCAAAAUUUCAUUUCAAGAGCGCUCGUGGGCGGUUGCUACGCGAUCGGCAACAUCCACGUCGCAUCAAGAAUCAGUGGUUCGCACUGAUUAUCGUCUGAGUUCAAGCAAGGUUAAGCGAUGCUUGUACAUUGGCGGCGAAAAUAUCAAUCAGGUCCGUGACCAUGUAAUCGGUGCGAAAAGCGUACAGGUAAAGGCAAAUUAUCGCAUGCUUCAACGAAAAAUGCUAAUUGAAACUGGCAGAGCGGACCUGGCUAGUUUUGUCGGGUAA